CGGCCGAGGUGUGUCCGCCCGGUGACGCGGUGCCAGCAGCGACAUACCGCGGGGUGCGCGCGCAAAGUCCGCCGGGCUCCGACGCGCGGACACACUGUCUCCCUGGGAAGCUCCUCGUGCGGACGCAACUCCGCGGGCGACUUCGGACCAAGUGCGUCCACGGCUUCCUCCAACAAUGGCGACUGUUUUACUUGUCAGCGUCUGCGCGCUGUUGAUGUUUUCCGGUGUGACUCGGUGUUUGAUCCCGAGCUCCGUGUACGUCAUCGUUCCCAACACGCUCCAACCUGGAUCAUACGUCUCCACAGUUCAACUUCACCACUGUGAUACCAAAUCCACGCGUUUGACGUCGAGCGACCCGAGCUUCGCGGUGUCGAGCAGCGGGGUGAUAGAGACCUCCGGGUCGGUGUCGGUGUCGGCGGCGGGCCGGACGUUCUCCGUGAGAGCGCGCGACCGCAGCGCGGGGCGGGAGAGCGAGAUGCGCGUCCACCUCGUCCACCGCGCCGUGUCCAAACGACAGGCGCAGUCGGGCGUCCUGAAGCGCUUCAAGAGACGCUGGAGCCCCCCACCCUUCAACAUCCUGGAGAACACGCCGGAAGUCCGAGCCCGAGCGAUCGAGACGAUCGUAUCGGACGCAGAAGCCCAGUUCAGACUGUACUACACCAUCGGCGGCCCGGGCGUGGAUCAGCCUCCAGUGGGGGUGUUCAGUCUUAACAGGACGGGGACGCUGUUUGUGCAUAAACAAGUCGACCGCGAGGAGUUCCCUCGGUUUACAUUAACAGUUCGAGCUUUCGACAAAAUCACCAACGAGGAGCGAGACGAGCCUUUGGACAUCCGAAUAGAUGUGGACGACGUGAACGACAACGCUCCGACCUUCACAGGCCCACAGCAGUACACUGUGCUCGAGCAGAGCGUUGUAGGGACAGUGGUGGGGAAGGUGAACGCCACAGACAAAGACCAGGCAGGAACCCUCCACGUCAAGAUCCGGUAUUCCCUCAAGACCGGAUUAGACCUGUUUGCCAUCGACCCGGGAACGGGUGUCAUCACCACGGCAACCAACACGCUGGACAGAGAGGUCAAAGACAAGCAUUUGGUGGUUGUAGAGAUCCGAGAUAUGGACGGUGCCGUCUCCGGUCUGUUCAACACAGCAACCGCCACCAUUGCUGUGGGCGACAUCAACGACAACCCACCGACCUUCCCGCAAACAUCUUACACGGCCAGUAUCGCAGAAAACGAGAUGGAAAAACUUAUCCUUCGAAUUCCCAUUGAUGAUAAGGACUUAAUUACAACACCAAACUGGAUUUCCAAAUUUGUCAUCACAAAAGGAAAUGAGAACGGAAAUUUCAGAAUUGAUACCGACCCCAAAACCAACGAGGGGCUUCUGUACGUCUCAAAACCUUUAGAUUUUGAGCAGACCUCAAAUGUGAACCUUGAGAUUAUGGCACGCAAUGAGGCCGAACUGGUCGGCACCACGGCCCAAUGGAUGUCCGUCCCUGUGAACGUCGUGGUCAACAAUGUAGAUGAGGGCCCGCAAUUCUCGGCCCCAACCAUCCGCCUGAAUGUCAAAGAGAACACAGCCAACGGCACGCUGAUCGGAACCUACACGGCUCUGGACCCCGAGACCAAGAGCAGCGCCGGCAUCAUGUACUUCAAGGCCACGGACCCGGCGUCCUGGAUCAAUGUGGACAGAAACAACGGGGAGCUGAGGGUGGCAAACACAAUCGACAGAGAGUCCGACUUUGUCCAGAAUGGAAUUUACAACAUCACCGUGAGGGCUGUUGAUGCUAGUGCCAAGACGGGAACAGGAACAGUCAUCAUCGUGGUGGAGGACGUCAACGACAACCUCCCCACGCUUCCCGCCCGAGACUUGGUGAUGUGCGAGAAGGAAGGAGAGCUGGGCUCCAUGCUGGUCACAGCUGAAGACCUGGACCGCGCUCCCUUUUCUUCCCCCUUCAGCUUCAGUCUGCCAAGUGAUCACGAUGGCAAAUGGUCCAUCACCAAAUAUAAUGACACGUCAGCUACGUUGAAGCAGAUGAAAGAGCUUCCAACUGGAAGACACACUGUUCCCGUGGACAUCAAAGACCUGCAGGGCGCCGGUAAAACGCAGACGGCAACAGUGAGGAUCUGCAGCUGCAGGAACAACCAAUGCAUCGUCAACCCCAACUCUGUGUCGUUCGGGCCAAUGGGUUUACUGGCUCUGCUGUUGCCUCUGUUCCUCCUCCUGCUGCUCGGCCUUCUGCUAGGAUUUUUCUGCAUGACAAAGACAGAGAAAAAAGAAAUUGACGAUAUAGGAGACAAUGGUGGGAUCCUGCUCAAAUCCAACACAGAGUCCCCGGGGGAGGAAGUGGAUCACAGCCUCAUCGCUGGUCCCUACAUUGUGACUGACUCCGUAGUGAAGGGCUCGGUUAAGGGGGUGAAUUCAGCAUGGUUAGCUAGCAACGGCUCCGGCACACUUGGUGCCAAAACCACCAACCCAAUCUAUAACUUCGACGUCGUCACAUCUGAUCUGGGCCAGUUCAGUUCUGGCCGGUACAACCAGUUUGAGGAGAAUUAUAUGGGUAACAGCGAAGGCUUUGACAACAGAUACCUCACCCAGGACUCGACUUACCUCCACAACUGGCAGACGAACGGCCUCUAUCUAAACAAGAAGCUGACCUUCCUCGGAGGCGAGGACGACGGGCGGUACGCGGAGGACGUGGUCCUGCGCCACGCGUACGAGGGCGUGGGCUCCGCGGCCGGCUCCGUGGGAUGCUGCAGCGACUUCGGCGACGACGAUAACCUCGACUUCCUGAACGGGCUCGGACCCAAGUUCAAAGCGCUGGGAGAGCUCAGCAGAAAGAAAUGAACCGCAUGUGUGCCGGAUGCACGGAGAGCUGAACGUCUGCCCCUGAACAUGAAUGAGAUAAAGAACAAGCAGCUUGGCGCCGGCGUGCGCACGCCGCUCCGCUCUCAUUAGUUUCUUUGCUGCUUUUUUUUUUGCAAAAGUCUUUAGCACUGAAAACUAUUUGGAUGCAGUCGUACGUGCGCUGUGACGUAGACUCAUCCAUCCAUUUUCUACUCAUGCUUCUCCAUAUAGAAUGAUAUUUGCAGUGAGGGUUUUCUAUGAGUGAAGGCUUUGGGGAUUUGGGGAGUUAGUCAUUUUUAUAGUAAAAGAUAGACUUUUGCAUUUGUGUGCAUACGUUUGAAUUGCUUGCUCAGUUUUAUAGUAUGUUUGUCAUAUGUUUUUUAAAGAAAAAGAAAAGCCUAUGAAAUAAGACUAAAAGAUUUCACAUGAACAUACUUGCUUUAAAAUGUCAUGUUUGUAAGUAUUUAUGGGUUUUAAAUGAUGUUACUUGACAUUGGUUUGUUUGCUAGUUUUCUAACCCUUUGUGUAGUUGUGAAUCACUGGUAACACGUUCUGCCCUUUGAGUCAUGAGGUCGUUUCACAUCCCGUUAAGGCGUCGCUGACUCUGCAACGGUUUUAAUACCUGACUGACCAGAUACAAGAAAAGAAUUCCAAGAGAACAUAGUCUAAUUUGUAUAUAUUGAGUUGUUGUAAUUUGUCAUAGUCAUUAAAGAAUGUUUAUCUCUGUGAA